GCUGUUGUCGUUGUUCUUGUUGUUGUUUGUUGGUGUAUUCAUUUAACCGCGACCGGAAGUACUUCCUCCUCUAGAUAUCAUGAGUAUAACAUCGAUCAUAUUUAUCCGUGCAUCCACUGUACCGCAAUCCAUUCUCGCAUAACUUUCUUCGAAAUGAUAUUUAUGAAAACAGACGCCGCAAACACUUCCGACUUGAAUCUUUUGCAAAUAAGUGAAUAUAACGCAAAAGAAAGAAAGGCUGUGGGUGAAGUAAAUUUGAAGAAAGGCAAUGAUGAAAUUAUCCACCAGACGAGAUGACGGAGAUGACGUUGACGACUAAUAAAUGCCGCCGAUAAUUUGAAGUCCAAUGGCUGACGGAUGGAGAAAUUAUACAAUUUAGUUGCAUUUGCAAACGCAUAUUGAAUAAAACCGUAGUGGCGCGUUCGGUUCGGUUGGUGGCGAUCAUCAUCAGCGUUCGGUAUCGCAUCUGUGGUGACAUUGAAAAUGUCCCAAACAGCAAAUUAUUUUCGAAAUUUAUUUGUGUUCUAUUCAAUAUUACGUCUAUGCAGCAGCAGCAGCGGUUGGCAUGGUGUGGGUGCCUCAACGCGAUACAAUGUUGUAAUGGUCAUAUUUGAUGAUUUAAGACCGGCCUUGGGAGCCUAUGGCGAUCGUUUGGCCCAGACACCGAAUUUGGAUAAAUUUCUGAAUGGAAGCUUCUAUUUUACGAGGGCGUAUAGUCAGCAAGCCCUGUGUGCACCCAGUCGAAAUUCCCUGCUGACCAGUCGCCGUCCAGAUACUCUACAUCUCUAUGAUUUCUACAGUUAUUGGCGUACCGCAAGCGGCAAUUUUACCACCUUACCUCAAUAUUUUAAGACCCAGGGCUAUUACACUUACUCGAUUGGAAAAAUAUUCCAUCCAGGUGUGUCAUCGAACAACAGCGAUGACUAUCCCUUAAGUUGGUCCACAUCACCAUUUCAUCCAAAAUCCGAACGCUACAUGAACUCGCCUGUGUGUCCCGAUAAAUUGGGGAUGUUAAAACGGAAUCUUAUCUGUCCGGUGGAUCUGAAAACCCAACCCUAUAAGACCUUACCCGACAUAGAAUCCACAAAUGAGGCCAUACGUUUUUUGCGGACAAGACCCAAAACCAAGAGGCCUUAUUUCCUGGCCCUGGGCUAUCAUAAGCCGCACAUCAAUUUUCGUUUUCCCAAGGAAUAUCUACAGCGAUUUAAGGUAGAUGAAUUCCUAAAUUACACAACGGAUAAAUAUAAACCCCAUGAUAUGCCCAAGGUGGCCUGGAAUCCAUAUACCGAUAUUCGGAAGCGGGAUGAUAUAAAACAUUGGCACAUACCCUUUCCCUAUGGUCCUAUUAAGAAACUACAACGGGCAAAGAUAAGACAAGCCUAUUACGCGGCAGUGACUUAUGUGGAUGAUCUCUUUGGCAAGUUCAUGGCUGAGGUGGAUCUGAGCAGCACAAUUGUUUUGGUUACCAGUGACCAUGGUUGGUCUCUGGGGGAGCACGCGGAAUGGGCGAAAUAUAGUAAUUUUGAGGUGGCCCUAAGGGUACCAUUAAUAAUAAAAAGUCCAGAAUUUUCCAAAGGCACCACAGCCAUUCAUGAGUGUACCGAACUGCUGGAUAUAUUCCCCACCCUGGUGGAUUUGGCCCAUUUAGCGCCAAUACCCAAAUGUCGGAAUGAUAAGUCAGUGGCUCAACAGCUCACCUGCACACAAGGAAAGAGUUUAUAUCCCCUAAUGAAGGAUGGUAUUGGGGUUUCAGAUAAGGAGAUCUAUGCCUUAAGUCAAUAUCCCCGACCCGGCAAGAUUCCCACCCAGCAUCCGAACAGCGAUAAACCGAAAUUGAAAAAUAUCAAAAUAAUGGGCUACUCACUGAGAACGGAGAAAUUUCGCUACACGCUAUGGGUGGAGUUUAAUCCAAGGAAUUUCACAAGGGAUUGGUCCAUUGUCUACGGCGAAGAAUUAUACGAUCAUCGUCUCAACGACUUGGAAGAGGUGAAUUUGGCCAAAUGGCCACAAUUUAAUGAUAUACGAAUGGAGCUUCAAGAGAAACUAAUACAAGCUGUUACCAAAUAAUAUAAUUUAGAUGUACCAGCAACAACAACAACAGCAAAAGCUACAGUUACCGUUAUGGAGUGUUAACCAGCUUAUGUAUUAAAUGCAUGGUUUUGUAGUAAAUUAUUUUUGUUUUGUAUUUUUUUUUCCUUAACUUUUGUAGUUAUGUUGUCUGGUCGUCUGGCGUAUAAUUUUCUCAAAGAAUGAAUGAACGAACGA